UUUUCUUGACAGGAGUUUGGUAAUCAAAAAUUGUGGAUUUAAUAGCUUGAAGUGCUGAUAUUGCAGGAACUUAAUAAAACUCACGCUAUGGAAGUUGAAUGUACCUUCAAUGACUCUGACUGGCCAUUUACGACUACUAAGUUCUACCGUUGCUGUAUCGAAAAAUACCAAAUUCCAGACGACAUUGAAUUAAUAAUCGAUGGGAAGCACAGACUCAGAAAAACCAACAAUGACGUCACAUACUUAAAAUUCUAUGACUGUACAAUCACCAAAGUUCCAGCUGGAAUGACCAAAAUCUUCCCAAACUUAAAGAUCCUCGAGAUAAACACAGCGAAAUUGAGAAAAAUCACCAAAAAUGACUUAAUUGAGUAUAAAAAUUUGGAGAAGUUUUCAUGUUGGGGAAAUGAGAUUGAGUUCCUGCCUGGUGACUUGUUUGAAGGCUUCAAGAACCUUGAGUGGAUCUCAUUUUAUGGAAAUCGUCUGUGGAUCAUCGAGCCAAACAUUUUUGAUAACCUUGAAAGCCUUAAACGCAUACAACUUGAGCACAAUCCAAAUUAUGACAUUUUAUACUCAGCAUAUCCAAAGGACAAAGUCAGCACAACUUUUGGGGAAGUCAAAAAUAUUUUAAUCGACAAGUUUUUCGCAUCUGAUCCACAAAUUAUUAAAAACUUCAUUCUUAAGCUUGGCAAUCCGAUUGAUGAAUUGAAAAGCUACACAAAAAGGAUCAAAAAUGCUGAUAAAAAAUUAGAAAUUAUGGAAAUCCGUGCUGAGGUCUUUGAGGAACUGAUGAGCAGGAAAAUGGACAACCUUGAAAGUUCCAACUCAUUUUUAAACCAAGAAAUCCAAAACUUAAAGUCAAAAUAUGAGGAAAAGUCAGCCAUAACCUCAAACUUAUUGCAACAGCUCGACAGCUUCACAUCCGGCAUCUUUGGUGACCUCAAAAGCUUCCUGCAGAACCAAAACAUUCGAGACUUUAAAAUUAUCAUCGAUAACCAAGAAUUCCUUGUCCACAAGUUCCUGCUAGCUGCUCGAAGUCCAACUCUGGCUGAAAUAAUCUUUAAUAAUCCAGCUGUGGAUAGAUUUAACUUAGUUGACAUUCCAGUUGACAUUUUUAAGAUAAUUUUGAAAUUUUUCUACACAGAUAAACUUCCAGGUGGGGAAGGACUGAACUUUUUGCAUCUUUUUGCAGCUGCCGGAAGGUUGAAAGUCAAGAAACUGGAAAAGUAUGCAGCAAAAAGAGUCUUGGACGAAGUCAAUCCAGACAAUGCAUUUGAUGUCUUCAAUUUGGCUAUAAAAUAUGGAAAUAAUGACUUGAUGCAGCGAGCAUUUGAGGAAAUAAAGCAAAAGUAUCCGUUGGUUGAUUUUAAGGAGGAAUGGAGCACGGAACCAGAAAAGAUGAUUAAAGUUAUUGAAGUAUUGAAAAGGAAAGAAGAAGCAAUGAAAAAAAUUGAGGAGGAAGUUGAAGGUUUGGUGAUAAUAAAAUAAAAUUGUGUGGAUUUUGUGCCUUAAUUCUUAUCAAAGCUCAACUGCUUGUUAUCAAUUUUCUGAAG